AUGAAUUUAUUAUCAAUACAUAUACCUAAAUAAAUCAAAUUAUUAAAUUAGUUAUAAUGGAAAAUAAAUUUUAAUUUACGUAAUAAACUUUCGUAAAUUAUCAACAAUUUUUAUGUUAUUUUAUUGUUAUCUAACGAAAUGAUUCAAAUUUAUGAUUCUAAAUCACAUCAAGUGAUCGAAGACGGGGUCUGCCAAUUCUUACCGCUACUUAAGUUAAAAUGGAAUGAUAUUCAUUUAAAAACGAAUGUAUUUAGGUAUAAAAUUAUGAACUUACAGGAGAGAUUAGUAAAUGAAAAAUAUUUAUUACAGUUAAACCCAAAUCGGCAAAGCAAACGAAGAUAUCCAGAAGAAAUAAAUGAUAUAUGCCAACCAUUUGAUGAAAAGAGGUUUAAUUUUACAAAAGUUUCCAAAGAAGAAAUAUUAUUCACGUUUAAAGAAAAUGGUGAAGAGGACAACCAUGCUGUGCUUGUGAAUGUCAGUCCAAUAUCUAAAUAUCAUUCUCUUCUCUGCCCGUCUAUAUACAAAUGUCUACCACAAGUCAUCACUAAGGAAAGUUUGAAAUUGGUCAUUGAUUUAAUGCUAUUAGCUCAGGAUCGAAAUCUAAGAAUUGGAUUCAAUAGCUUGUGUGGUUUCGCAUCAGUGAAUCAUUUGCACUACCAUCUGUUUAUUGAGAAGCAAAAUCUUCCCGUGGAAAAUGAGAAAUGUAUAAAAAUAAAAGGACCACUGUUCAAGUUUGACGACAGCUACCCGGUAACAGCAUUUUGCUUCGAAGUAUAUCAUGGUUGUGAAAAUAUUGAUGAAAUAUUUAUAUUGUUGAAUCAUUUGCUUCGAAAAUCUAUUGCGCACAAUAUUAUGAUCACAAGAGGGGAUCCAAUUGAAGCUAGCUGUGACGUGAUCAGGGUGGUUGUAUGGCCGAGAAAGAGUAGCUUGGGGGCUAAACUGCUGCUGGCGUUCAAUGUUGCUGUUUGCGAAUUAAGUGGCUGGUUUCCUAUCUAUAAUACGGAAGACUUCAAAAAUCUCCAAGAAGAAAAUUUAGAAAACGAAUUGAGAAAGUGGAGGAUUGAUAAUUUUGAUGAAUUAUGCGAGGAAUUAAAAUUGUUGUAUUAAUUAUUCAUAUAUCGUUCUAAUCAUUAAAUAAGAGUGGUUGUACGGAAAGUAUUACACGAAAUAAACAAUCAUUUAC